AUGGUCAAAAAAGUUUACGCCCAUGACUACGAAGAUGGGGUCAAAACAAGCGGGAAAGAAGGAGCCGAAAGGCUGGAAAUGUCAGUGAUCUCGGGGGAAUCCAACUGGCCAGAAAAUGGCGGAACAGGAGACAGCGACCCUGAACUGCACAGUUAUCAGGACUCAGAGCUGCACGGCCACGUCCAAGAGGGCCAGGUCAAACGUGCACUCAAACCGCGCCAUAUCUCGAUGAUCGCACUGGGAGGAACCAUCGGAACCGGUCUGUUCGUUGGUAUUGCCGCACCGCUCUCGUACGCGGGACCCGUGGGCGCCCUGAUCGCCUACAUCUUCGUCGGCAGCUUUGUGUACUUUGUCACGCAGUCGCUGGGCGAAAUGGCCACUUUCAUCCCCGUGACCUCGUCCAUCACUGUAUUUUCGUCAAGAUUUCUGUCCCCGGCCUUUGGGUUUGCCAACGGCUACAUGUACUGGUUCAACUGGGCCAUCACAUACGCCGUCGAGCUGUCCGUCAUCGGCCAGGUCAUUCAGUAUUGGACCGACGCGGUCCCGCUGGCCGGCUGGAUCGCCAUUUUUUGGGUCCUAAUCACCUUGGCCAAUUUCUUCCCGGUCCAUUUCUACGGCGAGGUCGAGUUUUGGGUCGCCGCUCUUAAAGUUCUCGCUAUCGUUGGAUACCUACUGUACGCGCUCAUCGUUGUGUGCGGUGGCUCCAAACUGGGCCCCGUCGGUUUCCGCUACUGGCGCAAUCCUGGUCCUUGGGGAGACGGCAUCAUCUCCAAAAACAAAGCCGAAGGCAGAUUUCUAGGAUGGGUGGCCUCUUUGAUUAACGCUUCCUUCACAUAUCAGGGAACGGAACUGGUCGGUAUCACCGCGGGUGAGGCUUCCAACCCCAGAAAGACCGUCCCAAGGGCCAUCAACAAGGUUUUCUUCAGAAUUUUGUUUUUCUACAUCCUCUCAUUGUUUUUCGUCGGUCUUCUGGUGCCCUUCAAUGACCCAAGCUUGAGCCAGGACAGCAGUUCUCCGCUUAUUGCCUCGUCGCCCUUCGUCAUUUCCAUCAAGCACGCCGGUACCAGGGCACUACCGGAUAUUUUUAACGCCGUUGUUCUCGUUACCAUUAUUUCUGCGGCCAACUCGAACGUCUACGUGGGCUCCCGUAUUUUGUUCUCGCUGGCACACAGCGGCAUUGCCCCCAAACACUUCACUUACCUAACCAAGCAAGGUGUUCCUUACUGGGGUGUGAUUGGUACUGCGCUACUGGGCCUAUUGGCUUUCCUUGCCACCAAUGACAACGCGAAUGAGGGUUUCAACUGGCUGAUCAACAUAUCGACCCUUGCCGGGCUCUGCGCUUGGUUUUUCAUCUCUUUCUCCCACAUCAGAUUCAUGCAAUGUUUGAAGCAUCGUGGAAUAUCGCGCGACGAUCUGCCUUUCAAGUCCAAAUUCAUGCCCUGGGGCGCAUACUACGCUGCCUUUUGGGUCGCAGUCGUCAUUUUCGUUCAAGGUUUCCAAGCCUUUUCGCCAACAACCACUGCUGCUAAGUUCUUCACCAGCUACAUUUCUCUAAUCUUGCUGGUGGUGACCUUUAUUGGUGCCCAGAUCUUUUACAGAUGCCGAUUUUUGACCCGCGUCGAAGACAUUGACAUCGAUUCUGACAGAAGAGAAAUUGACGCUCUGAUAUGGGAAGAGGAGGAACCUACGACGCUAUGGGGUAAGUUCUGGACCGCUGUAGCCUGA